UGCAUUUCCUUCAGGAGCUCUUAUUUCCUGUGAGGGCGAGGGCGUCGAGUUCUCCGCUGGGGUUUGAGGGGUCCUCAGACUCCGUUACCCAGCUACCUUUGUGGAGGGCUGUUGCGCACUUCCGGUGGAAGCGCUGAGAGUGGGUGGAGUUUAGGGAGCCGGUGGGCGGUGCUGCCAAUUGCUGGUUGCUGUCCAAAGGCUACAGGGCGUCGCUAGGAGAGCGAGCCGUGACCGGCUGGGCCGCACGUAGCGUGGGACUAAGCUUCGGUUACUCUUCAACUGCCUGCGGCCUGCCCUUCAUGUCGGCCCUCGAGAAGAGCAUGCAUCUCGGCCGCCUGCCCUCCCGCCCUCCUCUACCCGGCAGCGGGGGCAGUCAGAGCGGAGCCAAGAUGCGAAUGGGCCCUGGAAGAAAGCGGGACUUUUCCCCUGUUGCUUGGAGUCAGUACUUUGAGUCCAUGGAAGAUGUAGAAAUAGAGAAUGAAACUGGCAAGGAUACUUUUCGAGUUUAUAAGAGUGGUUCAGAGGGUCCAGUCCUACUCCUUCUGCAUGGAGGAGGCCAUUCUGCCCUUUCCUGGGCUGUGUUUACGGCAGCGAUCAUUAGUAGGGUUCAAUGUAGGAUUGUGGCUUUGGAUCUGCGAGGUCAUGGUGAAACAAAAGUCAAGAAUUCCGAAGACCUGUCUGCAGAAACAAUGGCAAAAGAUGUGGGCAAUGUGGUUGAAGCCAUGUAUGGGGACCUCCCUCCUCCAAUUAUGCUGAUUGGACAUAGCAUGGGUGGUGCUAUUGCAGUUCACACAGCAUCAGCCAACCUGGUGCCAAGCCUCCUAGGUCUGUGCAUGAUUGAUGUUGUGGAAGGUACAGCCAUGGAUGCACUUAACAGCAUGCAGAACUUCUUGCGUGGUCGUCCUAAAACCUUCAAGUCUCUGGAGAAUGCCAUUGAGUGGAGUGUGAAGAGUGGCCAGAUUCGAAAUCUGGAAUCUGCCCGUGUCUCAAUGGUUGGCCAAGUUAAACAGUGUGAAGGAAUUACAAGUCCAGAAGACUCAAAAUCUAUAGUGGAAGGAAUCAUAGAGGAAGAAGAAGAAGAUGAAGAAGGAAGUGAGUCAGUAAACAAGAGGAAAAAGGCCGAUGACAUGGAGACCAAGAAAGACCAUCCAUACACUUGGAGAAUUGAACUGGCAAAAACAGAAAAAUACUGGGAUGGCUGGUUCCGUGGCUUAUCCAAUCUCUUUCUUAGUUGUCCUAUUCCUAAGUUACUGCUCUUGGCUGGUGUUGAUAGGCUGGAUAAAGAUCUGACUAUUGGCCAAAUGCAAGGGAAGUUCCAGAUGCAGGUGCUACCUCAGUGUGGCCAUGCAGUCCAUGAGGAUGCCCCAGACAAGGUAGCUGAAGCUGUUGCCACUUUCCUGAUCCGGCACAGGUUUGCAGAGCCCAUCAGCGGGUUCCAGUGUGUGUUCCCCGGCUGUUAGUGACCUGUUCUCUGUCCCUUCCUCAGCAUUGAGCUCUGUUGUAAAUACAUCGCACCAGAGGCCACUGUGAUGCCGCUGUCUCCUCACCAUCCUGCCCGACCAUGUGACACCGGCUCCCUAUAGACGGGCAUCCCAGAUGUAUAAACCUUUUGUGUGUUCCUGCCAAAAGCAUUGUUUUCCAGGGCCUUUGACCAACCUCAGCCUCCUAGUCCAAGGCUCCCCAGCAGCUACCCUCUCCCUGUCCAGGGGUCACCCUGUCCCCCUGCCUUGGCCUAGGGUGAAACCUCCAAGAGAGCUGCCACCCUGGGCCCCUAUUCCUGGCCUUAGGCCCAGGUCCAAAUGUCUCCCUGGGCAAAGGGCCCUCCAUUCCUUGAGAUUGUUCUUGGCGUGGUCCUGCCCUAACUCAUGGGAUGCAACAUGCUCAGGAUGGUCCUUAUUUCCCCUUGCAGAUGAAACACCAGUAGGUAACUUUUUAUCCCAGUCUUACUCUUCCAGGCUUGGAAAACCCAGAGAGGCCAGGAUCCCAUACUUAGUACAGGGAAGGGUGGUGGAUAGCAUCACAAGACACCAGUCUGAAAGGCAGGCCCAGCAGUCCAAGCACAUGGCCUCCCACCUGGGGAGAGCCCAUCGUCCCACUCCCACGUCUGGGCACCUGCCCUGGGCUGAGGCCAGGCUGCUCCGAGGGUCUCUGGAGCCCUUAUUUGCCACAGAGCAUCCCAGGUUAAAUACAGCCCGUGCACAAGGCCACAGACCAGAGCCUAUGGAGUUGUUUUUAAGAAUCAAAUUUAAGCAUUUUCAUAAUUGGUCCUUGGAGGUGUGCAGAGUGCCCGCUUGCCUCUCCUAGACCCAGCUUAUCUUCUGUUUUUGUGGUCUCCAUGUCCCUCUUCGUAGAGGCAGUCCAGCCCCAGCAUCCUCGGUCCUUGCCGCUCCAGCUGCUGCAUCACAGCACUGCAGCUUCCCGCUGCUGGCCAGGCCCCCCGCUCCCCAGGGCAGGACGGGCAGUCUCCUGCAGCCCAUCUUUUCUGUGACCAUCUUCGGUGAUACGUAACCCCCUCCACCUUUCCACCCAACAGCUUCCUGUCCCUGUCCUGCUGCAUGGUCCAGAGUCUCGGACCUACUUGUUUCUUUGUUAUUUAUGACCUUGUUUAAAGAAAAUAAAUAUCUCCCAGCCUUUA